UCAGAGGAGAAUGGGCAGACUGAUUCAAGCUGAUAGAAGAGCAACUUUGCCUGAAAUAACCACUCGUUACAACCGAGGUAUGCAGCAAAGCAUUUGUGAAGCCACAACACGCACAACCUCGAGGCGGAUGGGCUACAACAGCAGAAGACCCCACCGGGUACCACUCAUCUCCACUACAAAUAGGAAAAAGAGGCUACAAUUUGCAAGAGCUCACCAAAAUUGGACAGUAGAAGACUGGAAAAAUGUUGCCUGGUCUGAUGAGUCUCGAUUUCUGUUGAGACAUUCAGAUGGUAGAGUCAGAAUUUGGCGUAAACGGAAUGAGAACAUGGAUCCAUCAUGCCUUGUUACCACUGUGCAGGGUGGUGGUGGUGGUGGUGGUGUAAUGGUGUGGGGGAUGUUUUCUUGGCACACUUUAGGCCCCUUAGUGACAAUUGGGCAUCGUUUAAAUGCCACGGCCUACCUGAGCAUUGUUUCUGACCAUGUCCAUCCCUUUAUGGCCACCAUGUACCCAUCCUCUGAUGGCUACUUCCAGCAGGGUAAUGCACCAUGUCACAAAGCUCGAAUCAUUUCAAAUUGGUUUCUUGAACAUGACAAUGAGUUCACUGUACUAAAAUGGCCCCCACAGUCACCAGAUCUCAACCCAAUAGAGCAUCUUUGGGAUGUGGUGGAACAGGAGCUUCGUGCCCUGGAUGUGCAUCCCACAAAUCUCCAUCAACUGCAAGAUGCUAUCCUAUCAAUAUGGGCCAACAUUUCUAAAGAAUGCUUUCAGCACCUUGUUGAAUCAAUGCCACGUAGAAUUAAGGCAGUUCUGAAGGCGAAAGGGGGUCAAACACAGUAUUAGUAUGGUGUUCCUAAUAAUCCUUUAGGUGAGUGUAUAUACAUAAUUUAGAUUUACAGAUUUUUUUAUUAUCCUUAUGUAAUUAUUAUUUAUUAUUAUUAAUAUUUUAUUUAGAUUUUACAUUAUUUUAAUAGGUAUUCACCCUAAAUUAAUUUUUUAAAUGUUUGUUUUAAAUUAAUUUGAGACAUUUGCAAGCACACGUUACUUUCUGUUCAGCACCCAUAGAGAAAGUGUCUUUUUAAAACAAUUUCUUUGAAUGCCAUUUUGUGCAGUUUAACAGGUUUGGGGUAUAUUGAAAAAAAAUACUGUAAAAAUUAUACUCACAUUGUCUGAGACUAAGUCCAUUGACCUCAGUCCUGUUGUUAAGUAUGCUGCUAGUAACAAUGUAUGAUGGUUGUUGUUGUGUUUUUGCCCUGCAUUCCUUUGAUGCCCUUGUACCGGGCGGCUCAUCGGUUGGUGGGUCAGUGUGAGGCAUAUGUCCGUAUGCAUGCCCUGGAGUUCCACACAGAUCACUGGCUGCUCAGGUUGUUUUGACGUCCUUCCAACCAGCAAGUUCCAGGGGGUGUCCGUCAGCUCAGAGGAGGCCGAUUCAGGCCGAGCAAGUCCGGUUCUGACAGACCCAAUAAUCAUUUCUCCACGUCCCCAGCACCACAACCACCGGAGUGAGUCAGCCAGAACUCAUUUUCAUUGUCAUUGAGUCUGGUUGACAUGAAUGUAAUGCAUCAAAUUGGAUUUCUACUACGUAAAUUGUGGCAUGUGUGUUGGCUUGAAAUUACAUCUCAUAAUGACAAUGUUUGUAAUUCUCAAUGCUAUAAGAAUAUCAUUGUGGCUUUUGUGGAUUGGUUGGUUGUGGCUUUCAGGCUGGCCAGACACAUCUCACUCAGUGGACAUCUGUGAAGGUUUGGAGGACUGGACCACUGACCUCUCAUACAUCUCAGACUCUGAUGAAGACGAUGAAGUGCUGCUGGUAAGCUUGGAUCUUUAGACAUAACUCAGAUUCAUUUUUGCCCUUUGGGUGCAUGUUUGGUGUUUCAACAAUGAAGGGGUUUGGUUUAAGACAGUCUGAGUGACUUCUGUUGACCUGGUAAUAUUCUGGUUUGAUUGUUGUUCUUUAGGUUCCUGGAAGGUAUAGAGCAAUAGUGGACCACCUAAAGUGUGGCAAGGAGGAUGUAAUCAUCAAAUGUGGUGAUAUAAUUCACGUGCUUCAGGAGAGUGCCAUGGGGAUUUGGUGAGAGUCAUUUAAAGCAUUUAUCCUUCAUUAAUCAAAAAAUAAUUUUUCAACACAUUCUUACCUAUUUUUCAGUCAAUAAGACUACAGUUCCCCUUCUGACGCUCUCUCCACGUUGUGUCGGAGAAGCGACACUAGGGGUCUCUCUUGAGCGCCGAUAUCCACCUCUGAUCUGUGAAAAAGGCCAAUGAGAGUUGGCAGUCAGUAUUUGCAUGUCCCGCCCCCGGACAUACGGGUAUUUAAGCGGCGCAAAUACGGGAGUUCAUUCAGAAAAUUUCUUCGGAGCCGAUGGUCUGUCUGCAGUUUGCUGCGAGUUACACACCACUAACGUUCCUGUUUCCUCUGACGAUCUGCAUGCUGUUGGAUCUUGACGGCGCACAACAGCGGCUUUCUCCUUCGCAUUGCACGGCGCAGACACACACACAUACUGUGUAUUAAAAGAGUUAUUUCCCUUAAAAGAAGUGAAUUUCUCUAAAAGAGCAAAACACAGCGCGUUGAACGUCCUUUUCAGGACGCGUCUUUUUCAAGAUGCCCUUCCGCCCCUGUGUUGUUCCUGGAUGCGGUAGAGUGCUCUCCGCUUCAGACGGCCACAGGCGCUGUCUCGUGUGUUUGGGCCGCGAUCACACCGAGGCGGCGUUUGUGGAUGGCUCAUGUUCUCACUGCGAGAACAUGACCAUGACCACGUUGCGGUCGCGGCUUGAUUUCAACAGAGAGCAAGCCACCCCAUCUGCACCCCGCAUUGCUCCUUCUUCCCAUGGGAUUGAGGACGAUGCGUUUGGCGCUGGGGGCGAUUUGGGGGCGGCAGCAGGUGCAGUUUCGCCGGGUAGCCCCCCGCGAACCUCCCGUUCCCCGACACGCUCGCUGGUCCCCGUCUACGCUCGCGGCGAUAGCGGCUCGCCUCACGGCCCAGCUGUCUAUCCUCCCGAGCCCGAAGCAGAUGAGCUCGCCGCUGCAUCGGAGAGUGUGAUGUCUGAUGCCGAGGACUCCCCUGGACUGCCGCCUUCGGGCCAGCAGGCCCAGGCUGAGGCCGACGCUCAGAUGUCUGACAUGCUUUCCCGGGCCGCCGUGAGCGUGGGGUUGGAUUGGAACCCUCCAUCCUCCCCACAGCCUUCACGGUUGGAUGACUGGUUCCUGGGGGCAGCGUGCCGUUUGCGGCCACGCAUCCCCCCGGUCCCGUUUUUCCACCCGCUCCACUCUCACCACCCUCGACGGCGCAGAGCGCCACGGAUACGGGGCGAUUCCCCAGGUCGAUAGGGCAGUUGCGUACCAUCUAUGCCCCGGUAGCCCUACCUCCUGGCGUGGCCGCCCCGUACUCCCAUCCAAGCCCUGUAGGACAACAUCCUCGCUCAACACAAAGGCCUACAGUGCGGCUGGACGCGCUGCCUCCGCCCUGCAUGCGAUGGCCCUCCUGCAAGUCCACCAGGCCAAAGCACUCAGAAACAUGCUUUGGGGUGGACCUGAUCCUGAUGUGCUGCAGGAACUGUGCUCAGCGACCGACCUCGCCCUGAGAGCGACGAAGGCCACAGCGCAGGCACUCGGACAGGCAAUGGCCACCCUAGUGGUCCAGGAACGCCAUCUCUGGCUCAAUCUGGUCGAGAUGUGUGAGGCCGACAAGAACCGCUUCCUAGACGCACCUGUCUCCCAGAUUGGCCUUUUCGGCGACACUGUCGAGGACUUCACCCAACAGUUCUCCGCGGUGAAGAAGCAGACGGAGGCCAUCUCUCACAUCAUGCCCCGCCGCACACCUGCCGCUACGGGCCCUGCCCCGUCUGCCCGCCGAGGGCGUCCCCCUGCGGAAAAACCAGCUCCUGCUCCGCCUUAACCCGGGCCCAGCUCUCAGCCCCAGCAUCAAGCACCCCGCAGGCGGCGCACGCCCCCUGUCUCACGAACCCCCUCUAGGACCCGGAAGGCUCCCAAGCGUUCCUGAGACAGCUGACCCAGAGCCCAAGAAGUUAGCUCCGGAGGUGGUAAGACCGCUCCGUCCCCCGGCGGAGGGCCGGGAGGAGAAUCCUUUGUUUUUUCAUUUGCCACACCCCCUGACGGGGGCUGUAGUACCCACAUUCUCAAUAAAAGAGCUAUUUCCUUUGCCUCUGGGUCACUUGGCCCGCAAAUGCCGUUCUCACGGCAAUCUGCUUUCAGAUUACGACAGUCCCGGUACACCGGACGUGGCGAUCCCGCCUUCCGCCUGCCUACGACUGCCCCCCGGCCGGCCGGUUCAGAUGAGUCCAGAGGACGCCAGCAGACCUCCUCCUCAGUCACGAACCCGCCCCCUGCCGGGUGUGCGGAGCAAGGUAAGUGCUUUGAGUCUAUUCUCAGCACCCCAGCCUCAGGCCGCAACGAAGCCACCCGACGCUGCAUUACCUGUUCCGCCCCGCUGCGAGGCCCUGCCGGGUACGUCCAAAAUACUUGUCCCUUUGGUGCCCCUAGCGCAGAGCUGGGAAGCGUGGUUUUCGCUUCCCAAUGCAUCACGCUGGCUGCACCGGACCAUUCGACUCGGUUACGCAAUUCAGUUUGCCCAGCUCCCGCCCCCCUUCAGGGGCGUCCGCUUUUCCGCAGUACAAGGCGAGCAUGCCAGUUCCCUGCACACGGAAAUCGUGACCCUCUUAGCCAAGGGCGCGGUAGAGCCCGUCCCUCCAACCGAAAAGAGGAAGGUUUCUACAGCCCUUACUUCAUUGUACCCAAGAAAGGCGGUGGCUUACGACCAAUCCUGGACCUGCGAGUUUUCAAUCGGGCCUUGUUAAAACUCCCGUUCAAAAUGCUCACGCAGAGAAAUAUUCUGGCUGGCGUUCAGCAUCUAGAUUGGUUCGCAGCGGUAGACCUGAAGGACGCGUACUUCCACGUCUCAAUUCUGCCAGGACACCGACCCUUCUUACGGUUCGCGUUCGACGGCCAGUCGUUUCAGUACAAAGUCCUCCCCUUCGGCCUGUCUCUGUCCCCUCGCGUCUUCACGAAGGUCGCAGAGGCAGCUCUUGCCCCGCUACGGGUAGCCGGCAUCCGCAUUCUCAACUACCUCGACGACUGGCUUAUCCUAGCACACUCUCGAGAGUUACUAUGCACACACAGUGACCAGGUGCUCCGGCACCUCAGCCGCUUGGGGCUUCAGGUCAACUGGGAAAAGAGCAAGCUCACUCCGGUUCAGAGCAUCUCUUUUCUCGGGUUGGAGUUAGACUCAGUCUCAAUGACAGCACGUCUCACGAGCGAGCGUGCUCAGUCGGUGCUGGAUUGCCUCGCUUCCUUCAAGCCAGGCACAGUGGUCCCUCUAAAACUUUUCCAGAGGCUCCUGGGGCAUAUGGCGUCCUCCGCGGUGGUCGCGCCGCUGGGGUUGAUGCAUAUGAGACCACUUCAGCACUGGUUCCAGACUCUUGUCCCGAGACAAGCAUGGCACCACGGCACGCAUCGGGUAAGGAUCACCCCCGCCUGCCUCAAAACACUCCGACCCUGGACAGACCUCUGCUUUUUACGGGCAGGAGUGCCAGUGCAGCAGGUGUCCUGACGCGUUCUGGUCACAAACGAUGCCUCCCGGUCCGGGUGGGGUGCCGUGUGCAGCGGGCACGCAGCAGCGGGCCGUUGGAAAGGGGCCCCGCUGCGUUGGCACAUCAACUGCCUGGAGUUGCUGACCAUCCUUCUCGCCCUCAGGAAGUUCCUCCCAUUAGUUCGGGACAAACCCGUCCUCGUGAGAUCGGACAGCACCACGGUGGUGGCAUACAUAAAUCGCCAAGGCGGUGUACGCUCCCGCCACAUGUCACAACUCGCCCGCCGUCUCCUCCUAUGGAGCCAGCAGCGACUCAGGUCGCUGCGUGCCACUCACAUACCCGGCAAGCUCAACGUCGUAGCGGACGCGCUAUCACGACAACGCCUGCCCGGCGGAGAGUGGAGGCUUCACCCCCAGUCGGUCCAGCUGAUUUGGGAACGGUUUGGCAAGGCCCAGGUAGACCUGUUUGCCUCCCAGGAAACCUCCCACUGCCCGCUCUGGUACGCCCUAACAGAGGCUCCCCUUGGGACAGACGCGCUGGCACACAGCUGGCCCUCGGGGCUGCGCAAGUACGCAUUUCCCCCAGUGAGCCUUCUUGCACCGGUGCUGUGCAAGGUCAGGGAGGACGAGGAGCAAGUCACGUUAGUGGCCCCCUACUGGCCCACUCGGACUUGGUUCUCGGAACUCAGACUUCUCGCGACAGCUCCUCCCUUGCGAAUUCCCCUGAGAAAGGACCUUCUCUCUCAGUGACGGGGCACGCUCUGGCACCCGUGCCCAGACCUCUGGAACCUCCACGUCUGGUCCCUGGACGGGAUGCGGAAGAGCUAGCCGGCUUACCGGCGACCGUUGUGAAUACAAUUAACCAAGCCAGAGCCCCCUCUA